AUCAUCAGCAAAAAUUAUCAUAACAGCAGAAAUCUUAACAACUUCUCCACCACCAUGAAUUUUCCACCAAGAAGAAACUCCCUGUCUGGACCUGCCCCUAGGAUCAACAUGGCCAAUUUGGCUAUCCCAGCUUGGAGAGGACAAGUCUUACCCCCUCAACUACCCCCUCACCAGUACUAUAACCCUGGAACCACAUUCUACCAACCUCCUCCUGCCCAUACUCCAGCCUUUAACCCUGGACCAAUGAGACAUCCCCAACCUUCAGAAAGUGACAACCUGGAACCUUUGGAAAUUAAAGAACCCCUUUACCACCACAGGACAGAAAGUCAGGAUACAGGACCACCAGGGCCAGAAAAGAAUACUCCAACUCAGCCAACUCACCCUCUGGAACCCAAGAAACCUACCCCCAUCCACUUUCUGGAAAGAACAGAAAAAUUGAGCAUUGUCUACAGCCCCAAAGAAGGAAUGCCUUUCACCAAGGAGGAAUAUGCUAGAAAGGAUUUGCAAUGUUUGGUCAGCUCCACUAUAGGCAUGGGAGGAAUAAAAAAUCCAGAACAACUCAGACUAUUCAGAAUCCAAUUUGAAGCAAUCACCCACUACCUCAUCAGAAAUGGUCACAAUUUCCACAUGGAUGAAUUUUCAAACUACCUUUGGAGAUCCCUCAGCCUAAAGUUGGAAAGGUUAAUAUCAGAUCCACUUAUCUGGGAUGGUCACCUGGUUCUGGAUGGAAAUUUUCACAUUGCAGAACUACCACCCUAUGAUGCAAUUCUGGAACAUAUUUAUAUGGAGUUUGAACAAAUGGAUUUUCUUCAAGAAGAACCUGAUCAACCUGCACCAGAAAUUGGACAAACAGAUCAGAAUUUCCAUACAGUAGCCAACAUGGAAAAAUGUGACUCAGGAAUCCUGUCACCACUUACACAAAAUCUCCCCCCAGUACUUUUGUCAACCUUGGAUGCCUACCCCCUGAUGCUAGAAAAUGACCUAUCCCUGGAAACCUUGGAACCCUUGGACAACACAGAGACAAAACAAUUUGGAUCAGAAACAGAAAUCUUACCAGCAACAAUUCAUUCAGAAAGAUCCUCACCAAGUGCCUUGAUUGAAGAAAAUUGUUCCCCAGUAGUAUCAGUAGCCAUGGAAUUCUCCCUCCAAAUCCCUCAGGAUGGUGAAGAAUUGGAAACCUUGGGCAAAAAUGAAAAUGAAAAUCCUGGACCAGAAAUUUCCACCUGUGAAGAAAGAAGACCCACAGAAGAAGACAAAUUUCCAUCAGAAAUUCUUCCAGAAGGAAACUUACCAGUGGAAGAAACCCCACAUAGCCUUGUGCCUGGAUUACCUGAAACCCUGGAGGAAGACUUUGGAGAAGAGAACACUGAAGAAAUUUGUACCAAUAAUUUCAACCCAGUGGAUGGCUCAGCCUUGGACCUAGAAUUGGAACAGUUGCCAACCAUAAAUUCAGAAGCUCUUAUGACUGGAAAGACUGAAGCUCCAGAGAGACCCAGCUCAGAAAUUGCACAAUUUGGAUCACCAGAAAUUUGCACCCAGGAGAUUUCACCUUCCUUGGAUGGCCAUGGAGGACAAUCACUCUUGGAAGAUGGAACUGAAAAAAAAUAUCACAAGGUACCAGACAUCAAUUAUAUCCAUGAUAAUCAGUGUAGCAUAUAUCCUUCUGCCACAGGAUUAACUACAAAGGAUUUUGAAAUCAACUUCCAGAAGGACCCUGGAAAAAUUAUGGAGCAAAAUGUUACAUUAGUCAAUAUCAACAACUACAAACAAAGAUUUUUUCCCCCAACUCACCAAAUAACUCCUCAUCAGAAAAACCUGGGCCUCUUGGAACCCCCUGAUGCCAGCCAAUCAUGGAUCAAACCUUCUCUGAUUACUAUUGCAAAAACUUGGUGGGAACAAUAUGCCAGCCUGAAAGAUUCUGUGAAAUCCAUAAAUGAAAGAAUCAAGUCAGCUAUCAUCAAAAGGAACCACUUGGGGUGUGAAAAUACUGCAUACACCUCUCCACAGUCCAGCGCGACCAACUCAGGGCCCAUCUUUCCAAUGAACAAGGAUCAAGUUUUUAGUGGAUUUGUUCCCUCUUUGAUCAUACCAGGCCUCUCUAAAGUCAGAAAGAAAAUAAGGAAGAAACGAAUUAGAUAUAGCGGCAUUCACCCUUUUUCUAAGUAUCAAGUGAAAGACUCCAAACCCGUAGCAAAGCCUGAUGAGUUCAUGAGCAACAUGGGAACCAGUCGCUGCAUCCUAGUCAUCUUGAAAAUAGAGAAACAAGGCUAUCGAUCGACUUGCAAGAAUACUGAAGAAUCUCAAGACAAAUCAUUAGUUUCUCUAUUCAGAAAAACAACUGAUCGGUUGGUAGCCUUUGAAGAGACCUGCUUUACUUCUCUGAUUGUGGAUCACUUGGAGCAAGAGGUCACACAGCGAGACUGCAAAAAUAUAGCUGUUGGACCGACAAUUUCCAGCUCGCUUUCGCGAGCAAGACAGCAGCUUCAGUAUGCUUAG